GGAGAAGGAGGGAAAAUGACGCUGCAGUCGUGUUUCACAUAUCACAGCGCCGAGCGUAUGGGAUGCCACCUUGUGCUCAUCUCCGUUAUAAUGAUCAACACGUACCACAGUAGCGUGGCGUCGCCACCGCCACCGCUUCCCCCGCGCCAGUCUCAGGUGUUCAUCCAGCCUCAGGGUCCAUCUGCAAGCCACAGCAAGAAUCUGUUCCGCUCUCUUCUGGCAGUCGUAGUGCUGCAUUUUCUGCUCACUGUGGGGGGAUUCGCCUUCCUGUACUACACAGGCAGAAUGGAAAAGCCAUUAUCUGAAGCUUCAAGUUCCUCCAGAGCGUUGGCCCGCAUGAUCGUGGUGAAGCGAAUCAGGAAUCAGGAAUCAACAUGUAAACAACUUACCCCCUCCUGUCAUCUUUUCACAGGUUACCUUCAGUGGGACAUGAAGCACUCGGUGCGAAGCAACGUCAACUACUACCACAGCAGCUGGCUGACCGUCCUGCAGCCCGGGGACUACUUGGUCUUCUCCAGGGUGAGCUUCUCCAAGGCCGACCCGAAGAGGCCCCUGGCCAGCGCAGUCAAGCUGAAACGCGGCGCGUCGUCCAAGGAGACGGUGGCCAUGCAAGCCUACUGCAGCCUCAACGGCUCGGUGUCCAUCCCACGGUUGUGCACCGCCUCCUUGGUAGAGGUGAUGACACUAGAGACGGGGAACCAGCUCAGCUUGUGGGUUCAGGACCUGUCACUGGUGGACUACAGCGAGACCGCCACCAGCUUUGGGAUGUACAAACUUUGACAGUGUGGACCAGAUCACAAAAGUAUUAAUUUAUUUGAAAAACGUUUUUUUGUUAGGUUAGGUUUGCAGCACUUUGAAGCAUUUAGAGUGUGCAUUAAAAUUAAUGUACAAUAUUUUUAAGGGCUAUAUUGAAGUACUAUAACUAACGGUAAUUGUUAUGCCUACAUAAUGUAAACGUGGUUUAUACUUCAACUGCAAUAGUUUGUAUUUUUGUCUGAGAAUCUCACAAAAAGCUCACAUUAAAAAAAGCAAAGAUUUCUGGGCAGCACUGUGGACUCAUUGAGGUUGUGGGUCAUAUCAACUCAUUUAUUGUAUUGUAAAUUACUACAUUGUGCAUUUGUUGUAACAAGAGUUAAAAGUCUGGAAAUAGUAAAUGUCACAUACCGACAGGAUGUGUGUGCACGCACAACACCUUCCAUGAUGUUGUCAGAAGACUUCUGGUAUAUAUUCAUAUGCGGCAUGAAUAUGCAAAAAAACACUAAAAUAGGGACACAGUUUCCAUUCAUCAAACAACCACACUUAGAAUAGGAAACCUUUAAUAAAAGAAUGACAACAUAAAGUACAGAGUGCUUCGAACAAAAUGCAACAAUACAAUAAGAAUUGCAUAGAACCUUUAAAAGCAGGCUUGACGUGAGAUGAAAAUUCCCGCUGCAGUGAAGUGCUCAGUGAGGCUGCAGACAUUUUAGGCUAUAAAAUAAAAAAACACAAAACAAAGUAUACAGGAAGUAGAGUGCUCUUCUGUUGCAUUUACAUUGCUGCAGUGCUCUUGAGCAACACACGCUGCCUAGUACCGAUUAUACAAUUACUAUUAUAAGAUGAAAAUUGGGACCUGCUCAACGGAACUGUACACAUUUUUUGUUGCAAUUCUCUCACACACCCACCCACACACACACACAAUCUAGCAGGUGCUGAGGUCCAUUAUUUCUUUCUUGCGCUAUUUUUGUCAAAUUAUGAUAACAUUUGGAAAAAAUAAACAAAACGCACUUGUAGUCCCCCCUCCCAAAACAAUAUACCUCAUCUGGAGGCACUUUUAGGCGAAUAAAU